UCUCAAUCGAGUAGAUCCAAACAGUAUACACCAUGUUCAAGCUGAUUAUAAUUUCCGUAGUUGUUCUUGGGGUCGCCGUCUCGGCUCACUGGGACGGUGGCUACGGAGGUCAUGAGCAUAAGGAUCAUCACGCUUAUCCAAAGUACAAAUUCGAGUAUGGUGUCAAGGAUCACAAGACGGGAGACAACAAGCAACAAUGGGAGCAUCGUGAUGGAGAUGUUGUGAAGGGUCAGUACUCCCUUUAUGAACCGGAUGGAACCAAGCGCAUUGUGGAGUAUACUUCCGACAAACACAACGGAUUCCAGGCUCACGUGAAGCGGGUUGGACACGCUCAUCAUCCCCAGGUGUAUGGACAUCAUGAGGGCGGAUUUGGCGGAGGAUCGUCGUACGGACACGGUCAUGAACACGGACACAAACACGGAUUCGGGGGAGAAUCAUUUAACGGAAAACAUAGCUCUGGGCAUGCUACCAGCUACGCCAACUUCAAUCUCUAUUCUCAUCAUUGA